AAAUCCGUUUUUUAUAGCCCCCCUCAACAAUAUAAAAACCAAAUCAAGUCACCUUUUGGUUUAGUCAGUGACAGACAGUGAGACCAACAUGAAAAAAAUCGCCUCUUGUUUCAUACUUUUCCACCUGGCGACGAUAGGUUUUGCGGGCAAAUUACCGCCAACUUUCAAAAAGUGUCACAAAAACGACAGCAAAUGCCUAUCGGAAGCCGCCGCUGAUGGCAUCAAACAAUUAAAUAAACCAGUCAAAGAAGCGAACUUGCCAAGUUUAGAACCGCUAGAAAUACCAUCACUGACCAUUGGUGCGGGUAAUGGACCUGUGGGACUUGAACAAAAAUUCAAAAAUGUCAAAAUUUACGGAUUCACCAAACCAACAACGACGCAAUUCGAACUGGACUUGGAGGCGAAAACCGCGCGACUCGAGUGCGAUUUCGACGAAAUUAAACUCGUGGCCGACUACGACAUCAACGGGAAAAUCCUCUUAUUGCCCGUUUAUGGCUCAGGACCGGCUCAAGUAACUAUGGAAAAAGUGCACGGUUUUGAAAAAUUCACAUUGGAAGAAUACGAAAAGAAGGGUAAAAAACACUUGAAGGUCGUUUCCGGAGUGUUGUCACUCGAACCAAGUUUGAUGAAAUUUAAUUUUGAGAAUUUAUUCAACGGUGAUAAGUCGCUGGGUGAUAAUAUUAAUCAAGUGGUCAAUGAGAAUUGGAAGGAAGUGUUUGGUGAUAUCAGGGCCAGCUAUGAGGACGCCUUCGGGCAAAUAAUCAUGGGAUUGUUUAAUAAUAUGUUGGCCAAAAUUCCAAUUGAGGAACUUUUGGAGCAAUAGUAGUUUUAGUUAGUUUUUUUUUUUUAAUAAAAUUAAAUUAACUCA